CAGUGCCUUACUGCCUUGUGAAAGAGGUACAAAAUGGCUUACAGCGUGACUCUGAAUGGACCUGGACCAUGGGGUUUCCGACUGCAAGGGGGCAAGGACUUCAACAUGCCCUUGACCAUCUCCAGAAUCACCCCUGGCAGCAAGGCAGCACAGUCACAGAUGAACCAAGGGGACCUUGUGGUAGCCAUUGAUGGAGUCAACACUGACAGCAUGACCCAUUUAGAGGCCCAGAACAAAAUCAAGUCAGCCAGCCACAACUUGAGCCUCACUCUUCAGAAAUCUAAACGUCCAGUGCCAGUUUCAACCACAGCACCCAGAAUUGACUCUCCCAGGGCUGUAAUUCCCCACCAGAAGGAACCUGCUUGGGAAAUCAAUGGCAACAGAACAACCUUCAGUCCUCUAACUAACACGGCGACUGGGCCUAUGGGUAGUAUUUUAGCAACCAAUGGAGCGUUUUCAGGCUACCUCAACAAGCAAGAGAUCAGCUUUUCAAAUAGCUCUUCCUACUUAAAGACUACCACAGUUAGAUCUUCUGUGUCCUCUCAGUCUGUGACUCCUGACGUUUCACCUGCAAAGAGUAAUCUAGGUUCAAAACUAAGCCCUGUAUUGACUGAUGGCAAUAGCCCUAUACACCAGCUGAGCCCUGCAAAGCAGUAUAACAACCCUAUUGGCCUUUACUCAGCAGAGACUCUAAGGGAAAUGGCUGAGAUGCAUAAAUUAAGUCUCAACCGAAGGGCUUCGGAAGGUGGACUUCCUAGAGGUACCCUUCCUAUUAAAGAUCCACACAUAGACAGUGCCUCUCCGGUGUAUCAGGCUGUGCUUAAAACUCAGAACAAGCCUGAAGAUGAAACCGAAGACUGGAGUCGCCGUUCUGCCAAUCUGCAGUCUAAGUCUUUCCGCAUCCUGGCCCAGAUGACUGGAACUGAGUACAUGCAAGAUCCAGAUGAGGAAGCCCUGAGGAGGUCAAGGUAG